CCCAUGACAACCUUGACUCGAUCGAUGGGGAACCAUUUCGAGAGGCUAGACUAAAAUAGGAGAAUCACUUUUGUGUGCAUCUUCCUGAUUGAUUGCCUUUGAAGGACGGACUGGGUCAGCCGUUUGUCAUCAGUUACAGGUGGUCCCAUCGUGUUGGACCACCUGGCAUCGGAAUAUUGAACAUCACCGAGAACAACGACGACAAUACGAGGUUAUGACGAUUGAUGGUUUCGAGUUGACAUCACAAGACAACAAUCGAUUCUUUUCUUCUUCGCCGAAUACUCUUUUGGGAUGCUCUUGAGCUCUCUUUGUCCUGAUCCAAGCACCUGCAUAGCAUUUGUCACGGCCAGCUCUGCUAACUACGCUUGAGCAUCAUUACAUCACCACUGUCUCUUCAGCGAUACCAUCAUGCCUGAGGUCUUUUCUCAUCCGUUCGGUAUCUCGUGGCGCAAGGCGCUAGUGUCGAUUCCUCGAGCGGUGCCCAACUUUGUGCUACACUUUACGAAUCCUCAAGGCCCACAGCCAAUGGUCUUCAACCUCCCGUCGCGGAAGGACCACUUGAUCCCCGUGUACGUCUUUAUACCACCAAAACACGCUCCCGGGAGACUGGUUAAGCCAGGUGCACAUCUCAAGUCAGCACUGCGCAAGGAAAAUCACGAAGAUGAAGACCCAGGGUUUCCGGUGCUCGUAGACUUCCAUGGAGGAGGGUUCAUCCUAGGCUCGUGCCAGGAGCAAACUCCAUUUUGCGCACAAAUGUGUCGAGAGCUCAACUGUGUGGUCAUCAGCGUCGACUACCGCCUGGGCCCCUACGCCAAAUACCCGGCAGCCAACUUCGACGCGGAGGAUGUCGUCAACGCUGUCAUCGAUCCAGAACGAUAUGCGUACCGGGUGCUGCGCGACAGCAUCAACUCAAGUCUCGAGAAAGCGGGCCGGUCACCCAUUGCGCUAGACUCGACGCGCAUCGCAUUUUCAGGCUUCAGCUCCGGCGGCAACCUGGCCCUCAACCUGGUACUGAGUACCAAGGACGACCCUACCUUGCAUGGCGACUGGCCUAGCCCCGUACCUUGGUCUCACGAGCGCGAGAUCCCCUGUCUACUCUUCUACCCGAGCCUUGACUGUCGUUUAUUGCCACACGAGCGACCACGUCCCGAGGGACUCGAUCCACCAUCUGGCUUUGUUGAGCGCUGGAAGAUUGAAAAGGAACUAAUGCCCACGUAUCUGCCCGUGGCUCGCAGGGGAGAUCCUCGUGCCAGCCCGGGUCUCGCAGACAUCACACCGGCCGACGAGGCCGACCGGACGGAAUACGGUCUGCACCCCAAAGCAAAGAUGUUCCUAGUCCUCCCCCAAUUCGAUUCUCUCAACGAGCAGAGCCUAGUCUGGAUCGACAAGGUGCGCGACCAAAACCGCGGCGGCGACUUACUCGUCGAAGAAGUCCAGGGUGUCGUCCAUGGCUGGACCCAGUUCCCGGAUGCCUGGCUGGAAGAAGGUCACCGUGUGUUGAAGAGUCAGGUCUUUGAGCGAGCCAGGACCUUCCUCGCCGUGUGGUGGGGUAUCACCGAUAAGCAGGCUCAGUCCUCGUCGGGAAUCAGCGCCUUGAAAGGCAACACCCCCACGAAUGGUGCCCCAAAUACCGAAGUCUUGCAAGCGCCUCCGCAUUCUGAAAAUGCUCUCAGGCCCUCCUAUAACUCUGGAAGAGCAGGGAAUCAUCUCAAUGCCGACGUCGAUCAAAUCUUUGCAUUGUCCAAAGGUCGUGGCGGUAACGUCAACGUCAAUGUCGAUGAAUUGUUUGCAAAGGCAAAGCAGGAACAGCUGGACCAGCAGGAACAGCAGCAUAAGGAGCAGGAAGAGCAACAGCGGGAGAGGGAACGGGAGAAGCAAGAGGAAGAGAAAGAGCAGCAGCAACUGCGGGAUGACAGAGAUGAUGACGGCACCGCAACCAAGACUAAUACUCCUGGCGAGCCUUCCAAGACUUUAACAGAACAGGAAUGAGUCGACUUGUCUUGGUAUCUCGCAGGUUCGGCGCAGAGACAUCAAUUGAAUGUAUUCAGGGGUCGUACAUUGAUAUAACGCUUUUCAAAAAGAUAGCAUAGGUACACAGCACGACGAUCUAUCCGUUUCGAUGCGCUCCAUAGUAUCGCUUCAAGGUCGAAUGGGAUCUGAUGGAUAUGGG